AUGCCGAUCCAACUUCGCCCGCGCCUGAAGUGCCACUCAUGUGGGAGCAGGUCAAAAUUCUCUAAGAAAGAAGGCCGCAGAUUCCAAUGCGAAUACUGCCAGGCUGUCAAUUACUUCGACGAGAAUGGUGAAGUAGCGGAUGUUCCAGUUGAGGAGACUGCACCACCACGGGCCUUUGCAACGUCCACCAACACCAGAGAUCCUCUCGUCGACGAAUUCUCGGCCGAAAACUCCGUAUUUUGCGCGACGUGCCUGAAGAAUCAACAUCUCUACACUCAAACUCUCUCCGAGUUUCUCCCUGAUCCUGAUGAUCCCGAUUAUGACCAGAUAGAAGCACAGUUACCAUCCUUUAAGAAAGGGUUGGAAGAGAGAUUCCCACAAUGUUGCGCCAAAUGCGAACCCAAGGUCAGAGCUCAGUUGAUGAAGGCUACAUACAAUGCGAAGAGCGAUCAUGUCCGUCGAGUUCUCAUCAAGUCUCGACAGAGGAUGAUUGCUAGUCGAUGGGGCUGGAGAAGUCUCCUCGUUGGUGCUGCGGGAGCAGGCUAUGCGGUGAGCCUUGGGACACAAGUGGCAUGGCAUGCCUACGGAUCACAGAUACAGCCAAGUUUGGAUGUUGAUGGAAUGAAACUAUCCCAAUGUUUGAGCAGAAGACCUCUAAAUGAGCAAUGCCUGAACUUGAUGGAACGUUUUGUGGGAUUGUCCCUUGGCCUCGGCCUUCUCUGUGUUUGGUGGAAUCCGAAAUGGCAGCACAAAUUAUCGAAUAACGACGGCAAACUGGGUGGACUCGAGAAAUACUAUCUGACUCAACUCGGUCUUCUACUCUCUAGACUCACCGUUUGGGCGAUCCUGCAACAUGUUCCACUCAACAUUAGAACUACCAAUGUCAUACAUGCACUCUUUGCCAUCUUUAUCACGGCCGUGGCAUUGUGGUCGAACUUCAAAAUCAUUCAAGUCCGAUUGACCAAGCCCAUCGACUGGAAUGCGGACCCAGCUCCCCUUUUAUCGAGCAGGCAGUUCGUUCCGCCAGAAAGCGAUGACCAAUCCCAACCAACUCCGACCCAGGAGAGAUCAUUCGGCCUCCAAAACCUGGCAACGGCAACGACGCAAUCAUACGAGGCAUGGAGAGCACCCACGCCACCUGAUGACAGUGCAGAGGCGAUGGACUGGACGCCGUCUCAACCAGUGUUCCAACCACAGCCCAAGAAAAUUCAUUACUUGACUGGCGGGCCCUCUCCUUUUCAUGGUAAGCUGCCGGUCGUGCCUGCAAGAGGAGUUCAAACGCAAUCCGGACAUCUUCCACACGCCCCCAAGGACGCCAUUGGACUACCGCCCGGAUAUUUCGAUCGCACCCCAGGCUCUAUCCUUCCUCCACGAGAACCAAGAGUAUCUGACGACGCAAUACUACAGCCUACAUUCUUUGGGCAUGACAGUCAGGCAGAUACCGGAUUAGAAGAUAUUUUUGAAACUGUCUUCUCUUUUCAGGAUCGAGCAGUUGCACCACCGGCAGAGACAACUCGAUCAAGCAUCCCAUCUGGUUCACAAUAUAAUGUCCAAGGCCACCAAGCAGCCUCGAGGGCGGGAACAACACCGCAGAAGGUGUGUUUCCAGACGAUCAUCAGCGGAGUUGCAUUCUUCACCCUUCUGGUGGCCUUGAUUAGCUGGCUACUAGAAAUUGCUUUGAAGCCGCAGGGAUCCAGUUUUGGGUACUAUGUUGUGCUAACCAGCGCGUCAAUACCCACUAUACACUUUGUUGGAGAUAUUCUCACAGGGCGAGUGCACGGCCACCCACUGUGGCUGGUCAUUUUCACGAUAGAAGCCACCGCGUUGGUGGGCCUUAUUCUGAUUAGAGACAUGCUUGAAGGAGGCUUCAUAGAUCUGUGGAACAAAUUGGCAAUCGCAGGUGUGGCCCUUCUUUUGCCGCAAGAAUUUGUCAGAAUGAGCUCAUCUAGUGGAGCGUCAGGCAGCAGAUCUCCGCAUACAAAGCCCUCCCCAAGUACGGAGAGCUCUCACCGCCAUGGUGCUAGCACGUUGAUGGUUGAUAGGGACAUCAAUAACGCGCAGGCCGCAUCCACUCCAAAAUCUCGCAAGACUUUGUCGCGACAAGACUCAGACGAAUCUUCCGAUAACAUGAGUUCUGCUACCAGUAGCUCCUUCACAAAGGAUUGGGACACUCCCAAUGUUCGCUCUGAUAGAUAUCAAUGGGAGCCCCCAGAAAACUCGAACAGAUCUGCGACUCGAUCAUCCAAGAAAACAAUGGCUCGGAAUGGGCCGACUGGAGUCAUGAAUGGCUUUGUUGGAUUAUCCUUAGAUGGCGACGCUUCUCGAAACCACGAUGGGAAUACAGGUUCGCUUUUUGGGAACGCUCGGUCUUCGUCCUCGAGACUUUUUGAUACCCAAUACCGGGAAAGAAGGGGGUUUUGA